CUGCAUUAGGUGUCUUGUCAUCGGGAUGCAAUUUUCACCCGGCGUUUGGUUACAUACAUGCAUAUGAUUAGGAGUUAACAACAAAGCUUAACACCCUCCAGGUUUGGCAUCUCAUUUCGUCGAACACGUUGAGCGCGCCCGAGGUUCCUCUGCCCAUCAUGUCCACCGCCAGCUCCUGUCAGCAUCAGCGCGAACCCCAGUGGGAACUUCCCCGGCGGGACGGUGCUGUUGAUCCCAUCCGAGCCGUGGCUCACGCCGAGAGUUCCAUGGCCGGCCGGCGCCACCUCCACACGCGCCGGCGCGCUCGUCCUCGUCCGAGGAACCGCCAGGGAGCAGCGCCCCGGGCGUGACGCCGUUCGCGAGUCCCAGUACGGCGCCCGCGGCUGCUCGAUGGCGAGGCCACCAGCGAGCUGGGCAGCGGGAGGCCGAGGGCCACGAGGAGGCGACGCGUGCCUGUCCUCGGCGAAGGCGGCGGUGUCGGCAGGGGUCGGCGAGGGAAGAGGCCCGACAGCCGUAUUCACAUCCACGACCGCGUAGCUGAGGGCGGCCGACGCGCUGCGGAGAAAGUGAGCAGCACGGCGGAGUUGAGGCUAGCUAGGGAGAGAUCAGCGUCGUUCCUUCCGGCCAUGGCGACCACCACGCGCAAGGAGGAGGGGCCGGACAAGCGCGUGAAGCAGCAGCAGCAGGGGGGCACCAAGCUCUACUCUAGGAUGCUCUCCAAGGACGUGGCCAUCGCCGUGCCGUCCUUCCGGGUGUACUACGGCGUCGCCUCGGCCGGCUCAGUGCCCUUCCUGUGGGAGUCGCAGCCGGGCACGCCCAAGAGCUCGCCCUCCGUCCGCGGUCGUGGUGGCCUUUGGGCGGCGCCCGAAGUAGAGGAGCAGCGGGAUGGCGAGCGGCGUGCCGCAGGACUAAACCACCAUGGCCAUCCACAAGCUGCCGCCGCCCUGGUGUGGGGGAAGCGCUCGCGCCGCCGCUCUCCGGCAUCGUCAUCCGCGGCAGGGGGAAGGCGAGGUGCGUCCGGUCCAGCCCGGCCUCGCCGCUGGACUACAGCGCCGGCUCCGCCUCCCUCCACUCCGGCGCGUCCACCAGCGGCGGCGAGAACGGCGCCUUCUGCUUGCCGUGGCACGGCCGCACGGGCACCGCGCUGGCGACGACGACGAAGGUGCCUGCUGCCGCCCCCCGCUUUGCUUUGGGUGGAUCCGCUCUCCCAUGCUCCCAUGGCGGACGGGAUCGCACUGGAGUGGAGUAGAGGGAGAGUGGGGAGGGAGGAUUAGGGAGAGAGAGGGGGAUUAACUCGAGACACACGUCUUCAGAGA